AUGUAUUACUUUGACCAGAACGUUUCACCCGAUUACCCCGUCCAGAGAAUCGCCACUCAUUACACUAACCCCUAUUUCAAUGAAUAUGCUUCGACAUCUGCUUCAAUCAACACCGAGCUUUAUAUCGACAACGGUGGUGGUAAUGAUAUGACUUCACAUCAAGUUGCAUAUGCAGGAGAGAAUAUAUUCCAACUGUCGACGUAUGGAUGUGAUCAUAACAGCCUCGGAACUUCUUCAGCUUUUGCCAAAGGUGAAAGGAAAAGAGCAGGCGGGGGGGGUGCAAAGACCAUUAUCGCCUUCGACGACUCCAAUAUCGAGACACUCUUUCAAGACAGCUUCCAUACAUCGCUCAUCGUCUACGUCUCUGAUCCGUUCAUGUCACAACAAUCGUUUCAAAGAGUUCUUGCCGCCCACGGUACACAACUGCUGAAAUCGAACAACAACCGCGAUGCCUAG